AUGGACCUGUCAAACGAGAAAGCCGUGGGGGCUCUCUCGAAACAUCGUGCCUCGCCGAACAGCGAAAGCGGCACUGUCUCUUCCUCCCCAGAUCUCCUGUCUUCUCUCCAGGAUGUCAACAUCCACACCAAGGCGCAUGUCCUGGACGCUGAGGAGGUUGUUCGCCAGUUGAAGGCGGACGCAAAGCGCGGUCUCUCUGAAGCGGACGCCUGCGAGCGGCUGGAACUCUUUGGAAAGAACGAGCUGGAGCAAGAGCCUGGCAAGUCUCUUCUUCAGCUGAUUUUGGAACAGUUCCAGGAUCUCCUCGUCAGGAUUCUUCUCUCGGCAGCCGUUGUCAGUUUCAUCCUCGCUCUCUUCGAAGGAGGCGCUGACGAAGGCGUCACUGCUUUCAUCGAACCUCUCGUCAUUCUCAUUAUUCUCAUUCUCAACGCCGCCGUUGGCGUAUGGCAGGAAUCGAAUGCGGAGAAGGCACUGGAAGCACUCAAGGAGCUUCAGCCUGCUCAAGGGCGCGUCUUGCGAGGCGGUGUCUGGCGUCUUCUCCCAUCAGCAAAUCUCGUUCCUGGGGAUAUCAUUGACGUUCGCUGCGGAGACAAAGUCCCUGCCGACUGCCGAGUUCUCGCUCUCAAAUCCACCACUCUGCGCGUCGAACAGUCGCAGCUCACUGGCGAAAGUGUCACCGUCAACAAGGAUGCAGAGGUUCUGGCUGCGUCGUACGAAGACUGCGAAGUUCAGAGCAAGUCGAAUCUUCUCUUCUCCUCCACGACGGUCGCGAGCGGACAUGCGGUGGCAGUUGUGGUCGCCACCGGAAUGAGGACUGAAAUCGGAAAGAUCCAGAGUGCCGUUCAGGAAGCUGGCGCUGACGAUGAAGAUCAAACGCCGCUGCAGCAAAAACUCGACGAAUUCGGAGAAAUCCUCAGCAAAGUCAUCUUCGUCAUCUGCAUUGUCGUCUGGGUGAUCAACAUCAAGCAUUUUUCGGAUCCUGUGCAUGGCGGCUUUUUGCGGGGAUGCAUUUACUACUUCAAGAUCGCGGUAGCCUUGGCAGUCGCAGCGAUUCCGGAGGGACUUCCCGCCGUGAUCACGACUUGCCUCGCACUGGGCACACGAAAAAUGGCCAAGAAAAACGCCAUCGUGAGAAAGCUCGCGAGUGUCGAGACACUCGGAUGCACCACCGUCAUCUGCAGCGACAAAACCGGCACUCUGACGACGAACGAAAUGACUUGCGUCCGCUUCUGCGUCCCCAACAUGCGCCACGGAACUGACGAGUACACAUGUGAGGGAUCCUGCUACUCGCCGAUCGGCGCUGUCAACUACGCGGGGUCGUCGCACAGUCAACGAAGGAAGUUCCACCACAUCGAAGAAACUGACCAAAAUCUUCAGUGGCUCGCGAGGUGUGCGACCCUGUGCAACGAAGCGCGGCUGGAGAUUGCGCCUGGCAGCCAAGGCAUGAAGUUUACGCGUCUCGGCGAACCGACUGAAGCCGCGCUCCUCGUCCUCGUCGAGAAACUCGGGUGUACAGACAGCACGCUCAACGCCCGCUUCCUCCAGUGCGAAGGCCGAAAGGAACAGGCCCCGAUGCCUUUCUGCGAUUACUGGGCGUCUUCGUGGAACUCUCUGGCGACUCUCGAAUUUACUCGCGAGAGAAAGAGCAUGAGCGUUUUGUGCCGCGAACGGAACAGCUCGCAAAAUACGCUCUUCGUCAAGGGAGCCCCAGAGUCUGUUCUCGAGAGGUGUACCUCUGUGCUUCUUCCAAACGGAACAGUGACCGCGUUGACAGAGGGGAUUCGCAAGAAGAUCCAAAACGACGUGGACACGAUGGCGGCAGACGCACUCCGCACUCUGGCGCUCGCGAUGAAGCGCGACUGUGGCGAACUGGCUGACUACGAUUCUGCCAGUCCAAGCGAAUCAAGGCAUCCUGCUCGCAAACUUCUGGAAGACGCCGCCAACUUCGCAAAGAUUGAGAGCGACUUGAUCUUCCUCGGCCUUGUGGGGUUGAUGGAUCCUCCCAGACCGGAAGUCAGCGCUGCGAUCGACGCAUGCAGAGGCGCGGGCAUCAAGGUGGUGAUGAUCACUGGAGACAACAAGUUGACGGCGGAGGCGGUGGCUUCCAUGAUUCACAUUGUCGACGACGGAUGCGUCGGGAACUGCUCCUUCACUGGCAAAGAAUUCGAAGGCCUUUCUCUUGAAGAGAAGAAAGAAGUCCUCUCUCAGGACGGAGUGGUGUUUUCUCGCACGGAGCCGAAGCACAAGCAGAUGAUCAUUCGGCUCUUGAGGGAGCUUGGAGAGACGACGGCGAUGACUGGGGACGGUGUGAACGACGCGCCUGCGUUGAAGCAAGCAGACAUCGGAGUCGCGAUGGGAAUCGCCGGCACCGAAGUUGCGAAGGAGGCCGCGGACAUGGUUCUCGCAGACGACAACUUCAGCACCAUCGUUGCAGCCGUCGAAGAGGGGCGGUCCAUCUACAACAACAUGAAGGCGUUCAUCCGGUACCUGAUUAGCAGCAACAUCGGCGAAGUGGCGUCCAUUUUUUUCACCGCCGCUCUUGGUGUUCCGGAAGGACUGUCUCCGGUUCAACUGCUGUGGGUCAACCUUGUCACCGACGGUCCGCCUGCGACUGCACUAGGUUUCAACCCCCCGGACCUGGACGUGAUGAAGCGAGAGCCGCGCCACCGCGAAGACAAGUUGAUCAGCAACUGGAUUUUCCUUCGCUACUUGUUGAUCGGCAUUUACGUCGGCUUGAGCACUGUCGGCAUCUUCGUCUCAUGGUUCGUGACUGGGCUCGACAACGGAGCAGAUCCCCAUACCCUCGUAUCGCUGAAGCAACUUAUGCACUGGAACGAAUGCCCUUCCUGGGAGGACUUCCAAGUCGCACCCGUGUACGGCAUGAAGGCCGACGAUCCCUGCUCCUUCUUCACUGUCGGCAAAGUCAAGGCGAGCUCUCUGAGUCUGACGGUGUUGGUGGUUAUUGAGAUGUUCAACGCGUUCAAUGCUCUCUCCGAAGACGCGUCGCUGCUUCAACUCCCGCCCUGGACAAAUCCAUACCUCGUCGUCGCCACUGUCCUCUCCAUCGCCGUUCACUGCUGCAUCCUCUACAUUCCUUUUCUCAGCCGCGUCUUCGGAGUCGUCCCUCUGACUGCCGUGGACUGGGUCUACGUCGUCGUCUGGUCGCUGCCGGUCAUCUUCAUCGACGAAGGUCUCAAGGCAAUCGGUCGCAUGAAGGAAGCGGCGAGAAGACGCCAGCUGAGCCUGUCGCGCUCCCAGUCGCAGCUGCGCAAGCUGCAGUAAUCGCGUUUCUUCCACUUCUUCUCUUCGUCCGUCCGGCGUGUGUGCCUCUCUGGAUCUGCUGGACCGUCGACGUCUUGGCUGAAGAGACUGCCGAGACGCGUGGAAGGCGCCUCGAAAUGUCGAGUUUUCCUUUUUCCCUCUCUCCAUUUUUCGCCUCCGAACGGCCCAGAAAAGGCCGUACCUCUCUGCGAGUGCGUUCCGAGACACAAACAGCAUCGUUGACUCCUCCGAGAAAAAGAGACAU